AUGUCAAACACUACUUCCGAGAUCAUAGCAGAGGUAGAGAACCAACUGACGCUUAAUCGGGGGCUGUUGGCUGGCUUUGUGUUUAUGACAUAUGACUAUGUCGCAUCUCCUAAGCGGUCGCUUGCUCCUCACCAUUACACGCAGACUAGGAGAUUUUCAGCAAUGACGUUCAUCUACAUCCUGUUCCGCUACCUGGGAUUACUGUGGGGAAUAAGUUUUGUGGUCUUCAUCCUCAAUGAGCCUGCACAAGAUGUUCUUUUGUUCCUUUUACAAGCAAUGCUGACCAUGCGGGUAUACCUGCUAUUUGGUAAAUCCAAGCUUGUUCUCCUGUGUCUGGUGGUCGGCUUCCUAGCAGCACAAGGUGUCAGUUUUACCAUAGCCUUUAUGACCUGGGUCAUCGGUCCCAGCCUCGAACAAGAGCUCAAUAUCGCGUACCUCCAUACCUGCGAGGUCCACCUGCCUACGAGUUUCGCCUGGUUCUCGCCAGCAUCCAACAGCACCUUGCUCGGUUUUGAGGUUAUGCUCAGCGGAUUCGCGCUGAGUGCGCUUUUUGGUCUGGUCGUGAACAUCAUUGCUGGCGCUCCCUUUGCCAACCCGGUAGGUCGUCUUCCGCCCGUGUUGCAGGAGGCGUCUCACCCAGAAAUUCCAGUGCGCAUCAUGCUGGAUCAUCGCAAAGCUGGCACGGUUCUUAUUUCUCACCAUGGUGGGGCCGUGGAUGAUACUCAGUUCGCGGAGAAAACACGGCAGAAAUUUGCUUGGCUCCAGUCAGUCGGAAGCAAUAGACAUCACCACCACGGUGCGAUUUGCGUCCCGGAGUAUGCCAGUUUGAUGUUCCGCAUUUUCUUCCUUUGGGCGUCGUUGAAUGAGCUGGAUGGACUAGACUAUGUAUAA